AUGUCAUUGAAGGACUUCCAGAUAUUGCAAGAAUUAGGUGAGGGAGCCUAUUCUCGAGUAUUUAAAAUAAAAAGAAUCGCAGAUCAAUAGGAAUACGCUCUCAAGAAGGUCAAUUUGCAAUCUCUAUCGGACAAGGAGAAACAAAAUGCACUAAACGAAGUAAGAAUAUUGGCAAGUGUGAGACAUGCUAAUGUAAUUCAAUAUAAGGAGGCAUUUUUGGAAGAAUAAUCUUAAGCAUUAUGUAUCGUAAUGGAAUACGCAGAUGAUGGUGAUCUCUAUUAAAAAAUAGUAGAAUGCCAGAAGAAGGGAGUUCUUAUGUCUGAAAAUGAUAUUUGGAACAUCUUCAUACAAAUUGUCAAAGGUUUGAAAGCAUUGCACGAUAUGAAAAUAUACCACAGAGAUCUCAAAUCAGCAAACGUCUUUAUGAAUACGGAUGGAACUGUUAAAUUGGGAGAUAUGAACGUCUCCAAAGUUGCUCGAAAAAUACUACUCUACACACAAACCGGAACGCCUUAUUACGCCUCACCAGAAGUUUGGAAAGACCAGCCUUAUGAUUCCAAAUCCGACAUUUGGUCAUUAGGAUGUGUUCUCUACGAAAUGACUACACUGAAGCCACCCUUUCGAGCUGAAGAUAUGAGUGGUUUGUACAAAAAGGUAGUUAAGGGCUUUUAUCCUAAAAUACCCACCAUUUACAGCCAAGAUUUAAGCAAUGUAAUUAGGGCUUUGCUCUAAGUCUAACCACAUUUGAGGCCCAGUUGUGAUAAGAUACUAUAAUUGUAAUCGAUAGUAAAUAGGUUGGAUGAUAAAGUCUUGGUUGAGGAGGAAGGAGCCAAGUUCCUAUUGUAAACAAUCAGAGUUCCCAGGAAUAUGCACUAUUUAACAGAUAGAUUGCCUAAACCUAAUUAUAAUCCAGUUAGAAUGACUAAAAUUGAUAAAUAGUAGUUCAUCUAGACUUUGGCUAUUUAGAAGUUGAAUUAAGAAAAUUUAGAGGAGAAUCAUUCAAUGCAUAUUGAUUUCUUGCCUCGUCUUAAUAAAAGGAAUGAAGAGAGUCUUGAUAAUUCGGUUGUUUCAAGAAAUAAUAAAAAAGGAGGCGAGGACAAUUAAUUAGAUAACUAAAAGAACAAUCAAAUCAAUUAAAUAUAUGGGGUUGGCAUCCAUCCUAGAAAAAAGGAUUAAAGAAUUUCAAAUAAAUCUUAGAAGCAUGAACCUCUGAAAUCAAACAAAAAAAAUGAAUUAGAAGGAGAACUCAAACCUUUGAUAAUAAAAUCUUAUAGUCCUAAAAUCCCCAAUGAUGAUAGACAGCCAUUAUUGCCACUCUUGCCCAGCAUUAAAAAAGAAGCUGCAAAACAAAACGAGGAUGAAUAAUUGAAAAGGAUUAGAUAAACAGAAGAAUUAAUUUAACAAUUAAGAGAGAGACAACUUAAACACAAGAAAAUCUAGAAAUUAUGA